AUGAUAGGAAAAAAGAAAAGGAUGAACGCUUAUGUUAAUGAAAAAGAUAUCGAGGAGAAAAGCCAUGAACAAGACGUUGUUGUUAUAAAAUCUUAUGGAGUUCAUAUGAUGGGCAUAAUGAUUAGAGGAAAGUUUGAUGGUUAUUCUAGAGGUGUUUCUUCUAUCUCCAAGCCUAAAAUAAAGGUAUUUAAUAAUCCUCCUAGUGAGAAUGUGAUUAAUGUUACUCAGAAUGUUGAGCUUCCCUCCACUGAAACUAGUCAUGAGAACCCUAUGCAUGAUGCCCCAACUCACUCUGAGCCUAAAGAGGUUGGUGAAAAUGUUAAUGAAGAUGUCAAUGAUAAUGUCAAUAAAGAUGUCACUGGAGAUCUCAACGAGGAUGAGUUUGUAAGGGAAGAUGUUAGUAAUGAUGACAAUCAGGUUAUGGAUGAUGACAUUGUUGAUGAAGUUCUUGUUGUUAGAAAAACAAAGAAGGUGUGUGAAAAAGAAGUCCUGUUGUCUUAUUUAGUAGGUACUAACAAUAAAAUAAAUAAGACUAUUGCUGAUAAGAAAAAGGUUGUGGUUGACAAGAAGAAUAAGAAUACCGAGAAGAAGAAAAUGAAAAUUGUUGAAAAGGAGAAGAACAAUUCUGAUAAAGACAAGUUCGUGAAAAGAAAAAAUAUUGUUCCUAGCAUCACAUAG